GCCCUUAAGAUCUGUCACCCAUUUUGAUCCGUCUUCAGUCCAGUUGACACACACUUAGGUACGUAACCUACCUACCUACUUGCUCGAGGUACCCCCUGAACAAGCUUUCGUCCAUACAACAACGACAACGAAUACGAAGACGAAGGGCAUCGCCAAACCAGACAACCACCACCACCACCCACCAUAAUCACCAACAACAAACCGCAAAAUGGCAUGGAUGCCCCCAGGCGUAGCAGAAGGAACCUACUUCACCGGCCAGCCCCUCGGGCCCCCACCGGGCCUCGUGCGCGUCCUGCCCCCCUCUUCAGCACCGCGCCCCUCCCCCUCCUACACCCACGCAUCCUCUCAAACCCUGCCCCCCCGCGUUCUAACCAACGCCGACGUCUCCCUCUUCGGCGACAUCGCCCCCAUCAUCGCCACCGGCCUCGACCCCGCCGGCCGCCCCGUGGUCCUCGACCUACAAUGCCUGAUCUGCGGCGACAGCCCCCUCGACGUGCCCGCGCACGUGCGGCCGCCGCACCACCAGCAGACCUACUACUCGUCCCCCCCUUCCACCCCCUCCCCCUCCCCCUCCCGCUCCUCCAGCCCCCUGUCCUCGUACUACUUCCGCCCGCCACCCCCCACCCAACUCGAAGACCUCGCCGUCCUCCCCUGCGGCCACUUCUGCGGCUCCUGGUGCCUCUCCCGCUGGUUCCGCUCGCGGCGCUCCUCCCGCCACCCCCCGGACUGCCCCUUCUGCCGCCGCCCCCUCCUCCACCCGAGAUGCGGGCACGAGAUCCGGACGGGGGGCUACGACGCGGCGCGGCCGCGGCGGCCGCAGCUGCCCUUGACCAUUCCGGAGGGCGGGUUCGUGCGCGCGUACUGCGAGCCGUGCCGGCUGGACGCGCUGACGGUCGCCUUCGACGUCGUCGUGCACGAGAUGUACCCCGCGGACGUGCCCGAGAGCGCGUUCACCGGCUUGCCGCGUGGGAGGGGGGGGGAGAUGUUUGAGAGGUGGAGGGAGGAGCUGUGGGAGGAGUUGUGGGUUGCGUAUCAUCGGGCGCAGAGCAGGUUCUCUCAUUGGUAGGUGGGCGAGAGGAGGAUGUGGGAGGUGGAGUUGAAGAAGUGCUCAUGAUACCUAGCUAGCGAAUGCGUCACUUUGGCAUUGUAGGUGCGGCCCAUCCGACUUUGUGCGGGUGUGUAUGUUUUGGCGUUCAGGGGUAAGUCGAUGACUUGGUUUGCACAUACUGUUUUGUACCAAGCAGGUACUAUGUUAAUAUAUGUUCAAGUUAUGUUUAUAAAAAUGAGAAAACAAUGAAUUAGUAAACUCCUGUGUUGUGCUCAAAGGUGAACUGCUUCUUGGUCAGAAGGGACACGACCUAAUAUUGGCUUCCUAGGUAGAAUAACGCAUCAAAGUGUCAACUGUAUAUAUUAUCAGUCCGAUUCAAUACUAUAAAAUCUG